UGGCUCAUGCAUAUGCUUGAAAUGAUAGAUAUACCCUCCAAUCAUAUGGACAUCUUUCAGAUAAUAGAUGCUGAGGAGUUCUCCUACAACCUUGAAACCUCAUGCAGUAUGCAUGCCAUGCAUUGGACUUGGCCAUGUAAACCCCAUGCUCAAGCUUGCCAAGCUUCUUCACUCAUAUCACGGCUUCCACAUAACCUUUGUUCUCACUGAGCUUGUUAACAAGAAUGGCUGCAACACUGCAUCAUCUCUUCAUAGCUUGCCAGACUUCCAGUUUGUAACCAUUCAAGAUGGCUUGAAUCCUACUACUGGUCAUGAUCAUCAUGUUCCUGAUGUCUCUUCUGUCAUAUUUUCUAUUCAGCAUAAGCUCUUAGAUCCUCUCCGAGUUCUCUUGGCUAAGCUCAAUCACUUCUCUUCUAAUGUGCCUCCAGUGACAUGCAUUGUCUCUGAUGCAUGCAUGAGUUUCACUCUUGAUGUAGCUGCGGAGAUUGGAGUCCCUGACGUCUUCUUCUGUUGUUCUGGUGCUUGUGCCUACAUGAGUAAUCUUCACUUGGAUCAGCUCAUUGAUAGUGGCCUUGUGCCACUCAAGAGUGGGAAUGAUCUUAGCAAUGGAUAUUUGGAGACCGAAGUAGAUUGCAUACCAGGAAUGAAGAGAUUGCGCUUAAAAGACUUUUCAACAUGCAUUCGAACAACUGAUAUCGGCGAUAUCGUGCUAAACUUCUGCAUGAGCGAAGCUCGAAGAGCUCGUGAAUCAUCGGCGAUCAUUUUAAAUACUUUUGAUAGUUUAGAGCAAAGCACAUUGGAUGCCAUGAGGGAACUAAAGCUCCCACCUAUCUACACCAUUGGUCCUCUCACUCUGCUCAAUGAUCAAAGGUUGAGUUUGAGGGAGUGGGAAGAGGAUGAGGAUUGUGUUGAGUGGUUGAAUGGUAGGGUUUCUAGAUCAGUCAUGUAUGUGAACUUUGGUAGUGGUGUGGUUUUGUCUAAAGAUCAACUUGUGGAGUUUGCAUGGGGUCUUGCUAAUAGUGAGCAUGAGUUCUUAUGGGUGAUUAGGCCUAAUCUUGUGCAUGGUUAUGGUUAUCAUGAUUCAGCUGCUGCACUUCCACAGGAGUUCAUGGAUGAGAUCAAGGAAAGAGGAAGAGUAUCAAGUUGGUGUGCUCAAGAGAAGGUACUGAAGCAUUCAUCAAUAAGAGUGUUCUUGACUCAUUGUGGAUGGAAUUCAAUAAUGGAGAGUAUAAGCAAUGGAGUACCCAUGUUAUGUUGGCCUUGCUUUGCAGAUCAACAGAUGAACUGUAAAUAUGUGUGUCAUGAAUGGGGUGUUGGCAUGGAGAUUGAGAAUGACGUGAAGAGAGAGAAGGUGGAGAGGUUGAUAAGAGAGGUGAUGGAUGGAGAUAUUGGGAAGGAGAUGAAGAAGAAGGUUGUGGAGUUUAAGGAACUUGCAGAGAGAGCAGUAAAGCCAGGUGGUUCAUCAUUUGAGAACUUCAACAAAGUAGUCAUGGAUGUGCUUCUCCAAAGUUGAUAUAUGAAUAUGCUCUUGUUUCAGUAUAUUCACAUAAAUGCAGUUGACUGACAAACUUUUGAGUCAAACUUCCCAAUGAUUAGGGAAGCCCUAAUUGGUAUCAUUUCAACAGGAGGGCGUUAUAUAUACAAGUUGGUACGAUUUGGCUUUAAAUUUUUUAUUUGUAAUUUUGAGGUUCUUUUAUCUUGUGUGUGUACAUAAUAUAUAUGCUGUGAAAUCCUGAAGUAACUAAUAAAGAUAAAGUCUUUUAUAAUUUGAGUCA